AUGUCUGAGUAGAAUUUAAUGAGUUGUAAUUUAACUACUAAUGAUAACGCUUAUUCUAUUAAAUCAUUGAUAAAAGAAAAUGGGCUUCUUAAAAAGCUUUUAGAAAAAAGGGAAAAGGAUAUCAUUUGCUUAAAAACACAAUUAGAAAAAGAAAUGAAUACAGCAAAAGCAUUAGAGAGAUCAAAAUAGUUUCUUUCCUCUCAAUUAAACUCUAUUAGAAAUUUUGUUAACAAAAAAACAAAAAGUAUUCUUGAAAACUUAAUCGGUUAGCCUGUUAGCGAUGAUUUAUAAUUACAGAAGCAAGCGUAACUAAUAGCAGGAGGUGAAGAAAUAGAAGACCAAUAUUAAAUUUAAAGUAUUUAUGAAUUAUUUACUAUACUCGAAGAGAGAAUUACUGCACAUAUGUAAACAAUAAUUAACAGAUAAAUAGAUCCUAAACAAGAUGGCUAAAGAGAUUAGUUAUAUGUUAUUGGUUAAACUUAAUCUAUAAAAUAGAUAGAUAAUGAAGAGAAAGAAUAAAUUAAAUCUAAUUUAAAUGGCUUAAUUUCAUCGGAUAAGAAAGCAAAAAAAAAAUAAUAAUAAUCUGUUAAAAUUGUCACUUUUUAAGAAGACUAAUGCAUCUAAAGGAAAGAUGAAGAGACAAUUAUGUUAGGAAGCUAUAAAAGCUCUUCUGAUGAAUAAGAUGUUAUGUCAACAUCAAUUAACAACUACCUUACUUCUGUCCAUACCAAUAAGAUCAAUAAUUUGACCUUAGGUUCCUAGGAUAUUUUAGUUUCCCCAAUCCUAAAAUCUAAACAGUGCUCAUAAAAAUAAAAAAACUCUUAAUUUUUUUCAUUUUAUGAUGAGGAUAUGAGAGACAUGGUUGCUAAUAGUUAAGAAUAGCUUAAUAAAAAUCUUAAAAAUAGCGACUCUCCUUCACAAAAUCUUCCUCAAAAUUAAGAUUGUCAAUACAAAAAUAUUCUUUCCUACAGCGACUGUAAAUAAUCUGAAGAAGUUGAAAAGUAGAAUUUAAAUAUACAUGGCAUGAAUAAUUAUGAUAAUAUUGAAAGAAAACUAAUAAAUAAAUCAAAAUCACUUGGUGUUAUAGAAUAAAACAAUAGUUUGAUUUUAAAUAAUAAAUCUAAAAGAUUAAAUAGCGCCACACCUACUAACCAUAGUCUAAAAAAAAAACAAUAAGAAACUUGCCAUUUUUAAAAAAAAAGCUUUUUUUGGUGUGAAUAAUAAUUAAAAUCACAAGAAGAAUAACAAUAACAAAUAGAGUCAGAUAUUUCAUCUAGAAGUUGUUCUGAUUUUUUAAAAUUAAAAAGCAACUCGAAUUUUUCAAAUUUAAUAAAUAAAAAUAAACCUGAUAAAGACUAGGAAGAAGAGAAUUAACUCAUAUUCAGUGAUAAAGUUAUCAAGCACUCUAAAACCGGAGCAUCCUAAGAAAUAAUAAUUUUAUUGGACUAAACUUAUUUCUAUGUAUUUUAAAAUUUGUCUUAGAUCAAUAAUUUCAAAAGAUUCUAUAUUAAAGACAUAAACCAAAUAAAUACUUCAUCUAAGGACAGUAUAAAGGGGAAGAUAGAUAUGUUUUAAAGUUUAAUAAGCUCUGUUUUAGAUAAAGUUGCAGGCGAAUAUGUUUUAGGUUUGAAUAAAGAGAACUUAAACAUAGGUAUUUUUUCAGGGGAAGUUAAGAUAGAAAAUGUUUCGCUCAAUCCAAAUAUUGUUAAUAUGCUGGAACUACCUAUCAAUCAUUAAUACUCUUCUAUUAAAAAGCUAGAGCUUAAGGUUCCACUCAAAAAUAUUGGUUCUAUGCCUGUAGAAGUUUUUUUAGAUGGACUUUAUUUGAUUGCUACUCCAAAAGAGUAGAAAGAGUGGAAAUUCAAAGACUACAAUUCUUUUAAAACAAAGCUAGCAAAUGUUGAAGCUUUCGCUGCUGAAUGCGUGCAAAAAAUAGCAGCUAAGCAAAAAGAAAAGCUUAAAGGAGGACAAGAAGCAGGAUACAUCUAAAAAUUAACUAUGAAAAUUGUAGAUAAUUUGCAAAUAACAAUAAGAAAUAUUCAUGUACGCUUUGAAGACACGUUGACCAAGAGAUACUCUUGGGGUUUCUGUUUGGAUAAGCUAGAAAUUUAUACAACAAAUAUUGAAGGAGUUAAAGUAUUCGUUGAUAGAACUAUUUAGGAAAAUAAAGAUAAGCCCAUUCGAAAGCUUCUUACAAUAUCAAAUGCAGGUGUUUAUUGGAAUGCAAAUGAAACUCGCUUAAUUUCUGAUUUGAAUGAAGAAGUGAAGUUCAAAAUUUUAAAUGGGAUGAUUUAAAAGGAAGGAUAAGACAAGACAGAUGAGCCUGUCGACUUUCUCUUCAAAAUUUCAUCUCAAGUGAACCUAACUAUUAACAAUAAAGGUAACUUUGACGUUCCUGAAAUUAAGGUCAUUCUAAAUUUGGAACAUAUCACUUUACAUCUCUAGCAAAGGCAGCUAUAGCAGCUUAUAGAAUAAAUUGAAUUCCUCUCUAAAUAUUCAAGGGAAUUAGAAAUAAGAAAGAAAAAUGAAAAAAAGAUAAGUGCAAAAGAGAUAGAAGCAUUAGGAGAUCUUUUUACUAAUUUAUAUACAAAAAUGUAAGAAUAAAAAAAAGACAAAUCCAUUGCCUGCCUUACGGAGAAAGAGAAACAUCAAUUUGAAGAAGCAAUAAUUAAGCUAGAUAUGUAAAUCUUGUUACAAAGAACAAAAAAAAUAGUCAUACAAGUAUAGAGAGCUCUUAAAAUCAAGGAGCUGGAAAAAAAGAAGUUUGAUGAAAAAUAAGGUUUCUUUGCAAGAUGGCUUUGGGGUUCAAGGAACACAAAUUCGCAAACCUCUCUAGUUACAGAAGAGGAAAAAGCAGAAAUAGAUAAUUUUAUUGAUGAAAUCUUUGGAGAAGAAAAAAUUGAUGCCCCAACAAUAAUUAGACCAUAAGAUUAUGUUUACUUUGUUUUAGAUUACAAUUUGCAUGGAGCUAGCAUCAAACUUAGCAAUAGGGUUGGAUAAGAAAUUUAGUCUUUAUAAUUUAGCUUAAAUAGCAUUUAUGGGAGUGUUUGGAUCCGUGAAAACAAUAAAUAAAUAUGGGUUAAUUUAAGAAGCAUGGAAUUGCAGAUGAUAGACGAAUUUUUGUAGAACAACUCUUACAAAGUAAUUAACAUUCUAAGUCCUACAAUUUAGAACAGUAAGAAUCCUUUAAUUGAAUUCAAAAUGACAUCUAAACCAUUAGAAACACCUCACAUAGACUAAGUAAUAGAUAUAAAAAUGCGCUCGAUUCGUGCUGACUAUAAUCCAUACUUAGUAAUAAGGGCUGUGUAGUUUUUUGAUGUCAAAGUGAAGGAUGACUAACUUAAAUAGAAAGCAAAGGACAAAAUAGCAGAACAAAUUGAAAAAAAGUAAUCAUCCCUUUCAGAGACAAUGAAAAACGCCUCCGUUCUCAAAUUGAAGAUUGACUUAGAGUCUCCUGUUAUCGUUUUGCCUUUUAAAACAGAUGGAUCUCUCACAAAUGAAUGCUGGGUUCUUAAUCUUGGUAAUCUUUCCGUUUACACAUUAGAAGACAUUCUUAAACCUACUCUGCCAAUCUAAAUGAAGGUUUUUGAUAUGUUUAGUAUUUCACUUAGCAAAAUAAAAUUGUCUUAUUUUCCUUCUAUUGAAUAUUACAACAACUACAUUGCAAAUCUAAGUGAUUUAUUAAUGAAUAUUCAAAGUCCAGCUGAAAAGAGAUAUUUUCACACUAUUGAAGAAUUCUCUAUUAAAGUGAGAAUUAUUAUGGUAAAGGGACCUGCCUAAGGCAAAGUUAACAGACCAAAUAUGUAGAUAAAAGGUGGAAUUGAUUAAAUUAAUUUGAAGCUUAAGCCUUCUAUUUACAAGAAAUUGUUAAAAUUGGGGCAGUGCUUUGCAGUACCUGAUGAAGAGAAAAGAAGGAAUAGCUUGCAGACUUUGGAUUAAGUGGAGUUAGAAAAGAAUUUACUUCUUAAAAAUUCGACUAAAAUAGGGAUAAUUUAUAAGAGAGGAAAUGCUUUAAAGACAUGGGAAAAAUACAAUGGUAUACUUUCUGGAGGCUACCUUUAUUUAUUUGAAAAUCCAAAAGACUUAAAACCUGUUGAGUACAUCUGGGUAAAGAACUCAACUAUAACGCCAAUGGAUGAAAACUUAGUUGGCUUUAAUAGCGCUUUUAAUGUUAAGAAUAGGUACGUGGAUGCAUAUUUUGCUUGUGAAAAGAGUAAUUUGUCUUAACAAUGGAUGGAAGCUAUAGAUCAGGUUAAAACAACAACUUUUUUACAAAACACAAUUACUGAUGAUGAAAUUCAAUAAUUAAUUGAAUUUUAAGAAAAAUAAGAAAGUGAGGAGAUUUCUCCAGAAAACAAGAAAAAGUCUUCAGAAUAAAAUAGUCAAUAUUUUGAUGUUGUUUAAAUGGAAGUUUCUUUUGAGUUAGGCUAAAUUCAGCUUUCUAUGUUUGAUGAAAAUAAAUAUUAUCAAAAACCUUUCUUGGCUUUCUAAACAAACAAACUUCAAUUUUUUUAUCAGCAAAAAAAAAAUAUGGCUGUAGAUAUAGGCCUAGAAGAGAUGAUGCAAUAUGAUAGCUUUUACUAGUAAACAGAUUAUUUUUUAAACGAUUUUGCCCCAAAUAAAUGUUCAGAUGAUGCUCAACUCUUUACAAACAAAACCAUAAUUUAAACAAACCUUUAAAAUACUCUGUUUAAGAUAUAUUUCUCUGACCUUAAACUCAUAAACAAGACAAUAAGAAUUCUUCUUGAAGAUAUGUAACAAAAGCCUAAUGGCACUUAAGAUUAAUAAGUAAAUUAAAAUAAUAUGGAAUCUGAUACUCCUAAAUCAUAGUAAACAUAUACUGAAGAUGUUUAAUUCUCAUCAGAAGAAGAUAGAAUCAAAAAGAAGCUUGAAGAUGAGGAAAACUAAAUUGUGGCUCUAGCUAAAAGUGAAAAGUCAAUAAAUAUCUUUAAUUUAGAUGCUGAUCUUUAGGGCUUUUAGAUUUGCAUUAUAAAUGAUCUGAAUUCAUCUUAUGUUCCAAUAUUCGACCUAAAUAUUUUUGAGAUGAAUGUUAAGCUAAAAUAGAGCAAUAUCUAACUAAGUGUUGUUACAAUGAUUCAAUUCAAUGCUGCUUAUUAUAAUCCUAGAGUUAGUCUUUGGGAACCUAUAAUUGAAAACGCUGGAUUUAGUAUAGAUUUCAUUAAAUCUUAACUUAGUAACAUAAAGUAACUUAUUGUUAUUGAAAUGAAUCCUAACUACCCUACGUUUAAUCUGACCUUCUCAACUCAAUUGUUAAGCAUUAUGACUAAGUCAAUAAAAAUAGCUAAGCAAGAAAUUUCUUAGAAAAGCUAAAAAGAUUCUCAUCAAUAUGCUUAAUGUUUUGAAGAUCAAAUUGAAUAAUUAAGCAUUCAAGAAAAUUGCCAUUACGCUUCUCCAUACACUAUCAGAAAUGAAACAGGAUAUCCAAUAGAAGUUCUAACUGAUCUCUCUAAUCUUGAAAAUACCAGAUAAAAGCAUAAAAUAUCAAGAAUGCAUAAAAAAAUUUAUAGUAGCACCUUAAUGAAUUAUGAAGAAAAAAAUUUUGAAAUUGACAUGAAAGAAUCUGACAUAAUUAAUGAUCCCAUAAAAAAGUAAACUUUCGUCUUCAAAAAGUACUCUGACUAAGUCAAAGUUAAAGUAUAAAUACCUGGAUUUAAUUUGAAGUACAUAGAAUAAGUCGAUUUGGACAAAGUUCGUAAUAGACUAAGAGCGUGCAAAAAUAAGCAUGGUAAAAAGUUAUUUGAUGUCAUCACAGAGGUGAAACUUGAUCCUGUUUCUUUAAAGAAGAUCCUAAAUAUUUCUUCUCCUUAUUACUUCGAAAAUGAUUGCUUUAGAAUCAUAAAUAUAUAACUUUAUGACGAAAAGAAAAAUUUCAAGCUUGAAUUCACAGUUAUGAAAGGAUAGAAAGUUCCAAUACCAAUUGAUCUCCAAAAUGGGUUUUUCAAAGCAGCUUUUUAUGGAGACACCGAAUUUUCUGAUAGUCUAAGCAUCAAUAAGCUCUGUAAUAAAUAUCUUAACUAAGAAAAAGAGAUUAAGUUAGGAGAUACCUUUCUUAUUUUUAAGGUUCACAAAGAUAUCGAAAACGAUAAAAGAUUCAUGAUUUGUAUUGAACCUCCUUAUAAAAUAAAGAAUUGUCUUCCUAAAACCAUAACAAUUUAAUUUAUAAACCACAAAAAAGUUACUGCCAUCACUUAAUCCAUACCAAGUGGUGAUAUAUUUGAAUUCUAUAAUUGCUCUCAAGAUAAUGAAUCAUUCAUGAAAAUAUAGAUUCCUGGUCAUUUCUGGAGUAAUGAAGCUAAAAUUUCAUAAAAUGUAAUUGAAAAAAUAAUGAUUAAAGAUGUAAAUGGAAAUCAAAGUGAAAUAAUUUGUCAUUAACGAAGAUUAGAACACUAAAAUAUAGGUGAUUAUAGACAGUUUUACAUAUAUUGUAAAGGCUAUCUUAUUAAUGAAUCUCCUUAUAAGCUUAACAUAUAUACAGCCAAUAAAGAAAAUAAAAAUGAAUGUAAACUUGUUGGUGGAUAACAACAAAUUUAUCCUGAAGAGGCUCUAAAUACAAAUAUCAUCUUAUUUGGAUAGGAAAUAGGUGACUUGAUGAGUUUAUCUGAUGUCAAAUUUGGAAAAGUAUCUUAACAAGCAUCCAUCGGAGGUGUUGGUAACACUUAAAUAGACCUAUAAACAUUUGAUGCAUAAGGAGCUACUGUAUUUUAAACAAUGGGUAUUAACGUUUCAUUAGAGAAUGUAGACUAGGAGUAAAAGCUUUUUUCAAAAGUAAUUACAAUUUCUCCGAGAUUCAUCAUUGUAAAUAAGACAGGUUAAUCAAUUUAAGUUAGAUAAAGUGGAUUUGGUAAAUCUACCACUAUUGAAAAAGAUUCAAGAAUACCUUUGCAAUGGUAUGAUCAAAGGGAAAAAAGAUACUUGAAUCUAAAAAUACUAGAAGAUAAAUAGUACUGGAAAUGGAGUGGAAAUUUAAAUGUUUUAGAGCUUGGAACUGUUAACUUUUUGACAAGAAAUUUAAAAAACAAAAUGGAAAUUACAUUCUUGAGAAUAGAUGUUAGAUCUGAUGCUUCAAACAUAUUUAUUGUAGUUGAGAAAGUAAAUGAAAAAGAAAGACCAUAUCUCAUUAAAAACUACUCACGACAUUUUAAGAUUGAACUCUAAGAUCUUCAUAUCACUCUUCCUGCUUACAAAAAAAAUGAUAGUCAAUUUUUAAGAGAUUAGCAUAAAUAUUACUUCUCAUGGGAGCAUCCAUUUGAUAAAGAAAGAAAGGUUGUUUCUUGCUUGAUUCCAAACAAUUAAAGCUUCCAAAAAACAAAUUUAAAAUUUUCACCUGAUGAAAUCUACUUCUAAGAUAAGAUUUAAAUACUUCCAGUAGGAUAAAAAGAUCCUGAGUUGGCUAGGGAACAAAGCUUAUACAUUAAAUAUUCAAUCGAUAUCGAUGGUUUUACCAAGAUAAUUAGGUUUGAAGAUUCAAGCCUUGAGGACCCAGUCGAUAAAAAAGAAAAAGCUGCAUACAAGAAAAAACUUUAAUAAGAUAAAAAGAGGAGAGGUUCUGUUUAAUAAAUAGAUAGAAAAGAAAUCAAUAUCACUGAAAAUACAGAAAAUGAUGAAGAAUAACCUGAAUAAUCAGAGUAAAUUUGCAUUUAGCAAUAAAUCAGCAUCUACAUCAAAGAUUUUGGUUUAUCAGUUAUAUAAAAUCACAGAAUCAACGAAAAACCAACUGAAUUUCUAUACUUAACAAUCAAAGGCUUAGAAUUUAUUUCAGUUGCUAAGGAAGAAUCAAAAACAUACUAACUUAGAAUUAAAUUAUUAAAUAUAGAUUAAAACAAUAGCUACAGUAUAGUAAAUCCAGUAAUCUUUACACCUUAAAAAUACAUUAUGUAUAGUAGCGAGGCAUCUCAUAAAUUCUUUAUGAACGUUAUGAUAGAAUAAAAUUUAUAUGCCAAAAACAUUACCCUUUACAAUAAUAUAGUAAUAGAAAUAGACCCCUUUGCUGUUAGAAUAGAGGAGUAGUUUAUAUUAACUCUUUUGGAUUUUCUCAAAGCAAUAAGAGAAGCAAAAUAAGAAGCUGAAACUUAAAAUGUUAACACUCUCAAAGAAUACUUAGAAGAAUCUCAAUAAAUUGAAAAAAUUUAAAACACCAAAUUUAAAUGGCAAGACUGUGAAAUUCCUCCUACUAGCAUUCCUACUUUUGUUAAUUAAUUAAUAUUAUCUAAUAUAGAACUUUCUAUUACUUUUAAAGCUAACCUUAAGGCUAAAGACUCAGACCUAAAUAUUGUCUUUACUGCUUUGGGAGUUGCUUUAGCAGAUAUUGAAGCACCAAUUAAGCUUAAGGGUAUAAGAUUAAUAAACUGUUUUGAAACAGUUCCAGGAAUUAUAAGUAAACUUACUUCCCAUUAUAAAGAUCAGGCUAUUACUUAGGUGCUUAAGGCUUGUGGCUCUUUUAAUAUCAUUGGUAAUCCUGUUGGUUUGUUCUAAAAUAUUUCUACGGGAGUCAAUGAUUUAUUAAAUAAACCUGCUGAAGGAUUUGUAUAAGGUCCUUUAGAGGGAGGUUUAGGUAUAAUGCAAGGAACUUCUUCUUUAAUUAAAAAUACAAUGGCAGGAGCCUUUUAUUCAGUUAAUAAAUUUACUGGCUCACUUUCAAGUGGAAUUUCUGCAUUGUGCAUGGAUGAAGAGUAUUUAAAAGAAAGAGAUAUAUUAAGGUCUAAAAAACCUGAACAUUUCGUUGAUGGAGCUGUUUAAGGAGCUACUUCUAUAUAUUCUGGUGUAGCAAAUGGUAUCGCAGGAGUUUUUAUUAAACCUUUAGAAGGAGCUUAAAGAGGCGGAGCUUUGGGUUUGUUAAAAGGUAUUGGAGAAGGUAUUGCUGGAUUAUUUGUUAAACCUGUUUCUGGUUUCCUUGACGCAGUGUCAUCAGUGGCUGAUGGUAUUAAAAAUACAAUCACGUAUGGAGAUGAUAAAGCAAACGAAAAACGCUUAAGAUAUCCUAGAGUUUUCUAUGGUAGAGAGGGCUUCUAUAAAGAGUAUAUUGAUUUAGAUGCAGGUAUGAAACUAGCCUUGUAAUUAGUAUCAAAAGGAAAAUUCAGGAAUUCAGAUUUCCUGUAAACUUUUUUGAUUUAAAUUGACGAAAAUAAUAAAAAAAUAAAUAAUGUUUUGGUAAUUACAUUUGAAAUAAUAAUGCUGUUUGAUGAAAUAAAAAAGAAAAAGAAAUGGUAUUUCUCUACAUCUGAUUUAGCAGAAAUUGAAUUAGAAUAAAAUGGAAUCUUUUUUUCUACAACAAAAAAAAUAAAAAAAUAAAAUAGUAAAGAAGUCCUACUUUAAAUACCUUGUCAAGAAUAAAAAGAAUAUAUUUUCAAAUAAAUUAACACUCUUAAGUUUUAACUUGAAGAAGAAAGAAAAAUAGAAGAACUAGAUAAAUGA